AGCACUAAUGUGGAAGUACAAUUGAAUGGCCAUUAAAUAUAACAACUUUUACAGUGUCGUCGCAAGCCCAGUUUUAUCACCUCUUUGUGGCGGAAGUGGCAGUGCGCGCUCUAACUCCGCGAGAACGCGCGUAGACGGGAAGUAGAGGAAAGACGGAAGACGCUGAAGCUAUACACGCAAACUUGUAGCCGCCAGGCGAUAAUUACACACAAUGUCAGAAAGGAACUUGUAACUUAUUUCGACAUAGCUUUGUUUUUCGUUUAACUAAAGCCCUCGAUGUGUAGUCACCCUAUUUAUAAUCUUUCUUCACAUGACCCGGUGACUUGCCAAUUUUCAAACAGACGUUGCCUUCCUUCAACAACCGCCACAAAGUCACGUUGGAGUGAGGGGUUCUGAAAGAUCGCAGUCACCCAAAUAUACAGAUUUUUUAUCAGUGUACGCUCAGUUUGUUGGUUAAAGUUAUUGUGGUGGGUGGAGUUGGGACCGAGGAGCUGCCACCGAGGCCUUCGCUCGGGAAGAGGCUACAUGUGCGAAGACCGCGGCCGAGAAGAGACUCACUUUUUGCUAGCGUAGUAGCUUAACAAAAAUGUCGGCCCAGGCUCAGAUGCGAGCUAUGUUGGACCAGCUCAUGGGGACGGGGCGAGACGGCGACACCAUGAGGCAGAGAAUCAAAUUCAGUGAUGAGCGGGUCUGCAAAAGUCACCUGUUGGAUUCUUGCCCUCAUGACAUUCUGUCAGGCACUAGAAUGGACCUGGGGGAGUGCGUGAAAGUCCACGACCUGGCCCUCAGAGCAGACUUUGAGAUUGCCUCCAAGGAACAGGAGUACUUCUUUGAGCUUGAUGCUGCUGAACACCUCCAGUCUUUUAUAGCCGACUGUGACCGCAGGACAGAGCUGGCCAAGAAGAGAUUAGCUGAGACACAGGAGGAGAUAAGUGCAGAAGUGACAGCAAAGGCUGAACGUGUCCAUGAGCUGAACGAGGAGAUUGGGAAGCUGCUUGCCCGCGCUGAGCAGCUCGGCGGAGAGGGUAAUGUAGACGAGGCCCAGCAGUUGCUGGAAAAGGUGGAAACAACACGAGCCAUGAAAAAAGAAGCAGAGGAUGUUUACAGAAACUCUAUGCCAGCUUCCAGUUUUCAGCAGCAAAAACUACGUGUGUGCGAAGUGUGCGCCGCAUACUUGGGCCUCCAUGACAAUGAUCGACGUUUAGCUGACCACUUUGGAGGCAAACUUCACCUUGGCUUCAUCGAAAUUCGCGAGAAGCUUGAAAAGCUAAGAAAAGCAGUUCUUGAGAAACAAGAAAGAUUGCGUACGAAACGCAGAGAGGAACGUGAACGAGAGGAUGAGCGAGAGCGGCAAUGGGAGCUGGAGCGAGAAAGGGAUAGAGAGAGGGAACGAGAGUGGGACCGAGAGAGAGAACGCCGGAGGUCAAGAUCCAGAAGUGGGGAGCGAUACAGGGACGGAGGCAGUUCGUCCUCCCACCGAUCAAGACGGCACCGCUCCUCCCGUCCCAGAGAGGAGGGAGGGGACCGUGAUCGAGACAGAGAGAGGAGGCAUAGACACAAGGACAGACACCGCUCACACUCGCACUCUCACAGGCACAAAAGAAAAAGGUCCUCCCGAGACCGUUCAUCUCACACUCGUGAUGUCGAGCCCUCACUGGCCCAGGAGCGAAGUCGGGAGGGAACCACCGAGGAAUGGUGUGACAAAAGGGCAGAGUACAGAGACUGGGAGGACCGGGAGAGGUCCACCUCUCCAGACAUGGCCAGACAGGGGGACUGGGAGAGGUCCCUGUCCCUUGAACGUGACCGACAGUCCAGCUCAGAGGAGCGGGAGUCGGGGGAAAUAUGAAGCGUCUCUUGAUGUCAUCGCAUUGUUUCGUUAAAGAAUAAAGGAGACUUGAGUGUUUGCUUAUAUUAAAGGUGGCAUAUGUAUAUUAGCAAGGUGGCUGGGUUGAACAUUAACGUGGGGAGGAGGGGAUAUUUUCAAGCCGUUGUAAGCAAAGCAACUUUUAUGACUUUGAAUUAUGAGUGGCGUACAUUUAAUUUUUUUUACGCCAUUACCAACUGUUUGCUCACAGAAAGAUUUGGUUUCAAUUAGUUAAACAUGCAAUACUACUCAAUUUUAUGUUUCAGUCCAUAUGGCUCAUGGUACAAGGGGUUUGCGAUGAUGCACACGUCUAAAGUGGGAUGGGAUUGACUGCAGGCACUUACAUUUGACUUUUUGUUUGCUGCUGUCAAGCCAUAACAAUUACAUUUUUAUUCACAAGAUGCUCACUAGGGCCACCACUCAGUAUGACAUGACAUGGCAUGCAUGUUUACAUCCCUGUGUGAUGCCAGGGCCUGUAUGUAUUUAGGAGGCGGGGGUGUACUUUGCUGUGCUGGAAUAAAGUGAAAAAAAUGUUGCCGCUUCAAUUUAUAUGCAAUGUGUUAAGACUUCUGUUUGCUAUCCCUUUUUAAUAAAGCCGUACCAGUUCA